GCCAGACCCCUUCGCCCCCCCCCCCCUCCGCCCAAUGUCGAAACGCCAGAUACAAUAGAACGUUUACAAUUGAACCACUCAAGGCAUCGGAUGCCUGGGCUCCUCCCUGGCGCAACGCAGUGCGCCUGGGGGGGCAGCGCCAGAAGCGCUGCCAGGGGGGUCCAGCGUUGAUCUCAGGGGCAACGUUAGGGGGGGGCUGGCCACAUGUGAACCCUACCCCCCCCCCUCCACGAUUUCUAAGGGGGGGUGGGGGUUCCCUUCGUUCGGGAACUCCCGAGCGGAGCGAGCCUCUACACCCCGCCCCCUUGGAAAUCUUGGGGGUGGGGGUAGGGUUUACGUGGGGUCACCCAUCGGGGGGGGAUAGGCUCGUGGGGGGGUGUGCAUCGACCCCCGAUCGCCCACGUGUCGCUGAGAGGGGCCCGAUUUAGCCCACCCCGCUCAGGAGCGCACGGCUUCGCUGCCAGGGGCCUCUGGCCGAUCCAUCGGGACGUGCCGCCGAUUCCAGGCCGAUGCUUCCCCCGGCUGGGGCCGUCCCCCCUCCAAGCUCGGGCCGGGCGAACGGGGGGAUAGCAAAGUGGGGGUUUGCGAAUCGGCUCACUGAUUUUCCCGGCGCCUCCCGGCGCCGGAGGCGCCCAUGUAUCGAGGAAUGGGCCCGGCGGCGGGGCGGAAACCAGCUGCGUGCAGCAGAUGUCGUAACCCCCCCUUUCCCGAUCCCCCCUUUUCGUCCGGCCCAACAAGCGUUCCCUCUCGGGAUCGACGAGGUACGCGCGGACCUCGGGACAGUUUGUGCCCGUGCCGCUGUCUCCUUCCUCUGGCGAGAGCAUCCGCAGGCUGCGGCUCGUCAUAGCGGGGCGCCCGGAGCGGGUGCUGGCGGUGGUGUGCCACUACAACGUCAUCCUCGAGCGCGGCGGCGCGCACGAGAGGGUCGGGUUUCGACGUAACGUUGCCCGACAUCCGGGGGGCCUGGUACGACAUCAGCACGAGCCGUCUUGCGGAACUGUGCAAUGCCGGUGGCGAAAACGGACACAUCAGGCUUCCAAGGUGACUGAACUAUUGCCACCAACACCGAGAUCUAGGAUCAUCUUCCCCAUGUGGAGGCACCCCCCUGUGUUGUUGUUGGUGCCAGUUUCUAGGCCUGCAAUAAUGAAUACUCUCCUGAUCGCAGUCGCCAGCCGCAGCAUGGAUUGCGAGGAACAGCUCGAUGUUUCGAAAGAGCACGUGAGAAGACAGUUCCAACAACAAGCGAACACCUCGGAGUCAGGCCUCGAGCUCCGCCGAGGUGGCGUCCUGCGCGCGCUGGAGCUCCGGCGCCACCACCCCGUGCUUUUUCGAGCUUUGUCUCCGGCCCUCGGCUCGGGCUGAUCUAGCGCUCGCUCGUCUUGUUGAUCGUCCGUCCCGUCCUUGGCUUUCAAGGGGUCGGCGACGGGCUGGAUCUUUGGCGGCCACGUUCGUUCAGUAGCGGGA